GUUAGGUUCAAUAUUUGUUUGAUACAUAUUUGUGUCAUAAUCAUAUUUAUGAAGCUCAGGUUUAUGUUUUCAAGAGGUUAUAUGACGUUCAGCUUCCUGAAAUGCGAUUCCUCAGGAAACCCUAGCACUUGCGAGUACAGAGUCAAGGAUUACAGGAAUAGCGAAGUUUGCAAAUAUGUGAUGAUGAAGAACCAAGCAUGGAGUGUUUUCACGGAGCAUUUCGACAAACCUCUGGUGUGCCCUCUAAAACCGGGCGACUAUAAUGUCGUUAGGUGUCCCAUCAAGCCAGAUUUUCUGCGACUGUUUCCUGUCUCUGAUGCUGUUUGGAAAGUGAAUAUAUGGGACUUUGAUAAAGGAGUAGCGAUAUCUUGUGUUGAUGUGGAAAUACAGAUCAAACCUUUCUUUGGAGAAAGAAAUAAAGGAUUAUACGGAAUAGGAACUAAAAAUAACUGAUUAUCCUUGCUUAUCGGUGAUAAAGACGCCUGUUUUUCAAAAUUGUAUUCGAUAACUGGUUAUCCAAAUUAUUAUAUGAAUAAAAAUUAAUAUCAGCG